UUUUAUUGUCAAUUUGAAGCGUAAAUUGAGUUUUAGGAAACAACUUUUUGUGAACUUCAACCAAUAAAUAUCGGAUAUUGUAUAUUAGAGUGCUACGACAGAGUUGCAACUCAUAUGCUAAUAUGUGCAAGCGAUAAAUAAUAUCACUGUAAAUGUUUAUAGCGUAGCUGUCGAAUUUACGAUGUCAUAAGGGCCAGUUGAUGUCACUUGCUGACAUGCCUGUAAAGAAAGGCUUGAUGUCACCUCAAAAUGUCUUUAUUGAAACUAUUAUAAGAAAGUUCGAUGGCUCACCUGAAAGGAAUUUCAUUUUGGGAAAUGCUCAGUUUGUUGAUAUCCCAAUCGUAUAUUCUAAUGAAGGAUUUUGUCGUUUAACCGGAUACAAGCGAACAGAAUUGUUGCAAAAGCCGACAAACUGCGAUUUCUUAUGCGGUCAGGGAACAGAUCCCGUUGCUGUGGAAGCCAUCGGAGACGCUUUACGUACAAGUGACGAAAAGAAGGUUCAACUUCUCCUUUAUAAGAAAAACGGAACAGCUUUCUUAUGCUCUUUACUGGUAGCUCCAAUUAAGAAUGAAAAUGGAGUGAUUGUUAUGUACAUUGUGAACCUGGAAGAUGUCACUACUUCACCAGAUCUAAUAGAUGUCAAUAUAGGUGAGAAAGUCAACGCUUGGGAAGUAAUUCGAAGACGAAUAUCAAAAGGUGCAUUGAAGCUCACGUCAAGUGAUGUGAUGUCAGAAAACGAUCCAAAUAAUAUCGAGCUUAAAGAGUCGUUAAUGCAGCCUUGCAUAUCGCCAACAGAAAAUGGCACAUGUGGUGGAAAUCAUGAUAAACACCUUGUAGUGUGUCGAAGAUCCAUUGAAAAAGAAGCAUUGAUAUUUGACUACAAGCGAAGACGAGCGACAUCUUGUUUUGAAAUAUCUCCAAGUAUGGUGGAGGAUCUCAAAAAGGAAGAUCAACGGCAAGACAAAGCUGAUUCACUGGACAAUUUUUUCGCCAAACUAAAUGCCAGAAAACAUAACAACGUUUCUGCUGUUAAUCAUAAAAAAACUCGACAAUCCAUGACAAGCGUUCAAAGUUUCGGCAAACUGACGGUGAAUUCCAGAAAGCAAUCCUUACCGGAGCUUAAGCCUAAGAAAACUGAAAAGUUUGCCCAGGUAUUAUCACUUGGCACUGACGUUUUACCUGAGUACAAAACUCAAACACCUCCAGUUCAUCGAUGGACAAUACUUCAUUAUUCACCGUUUAAAUCAAUUUGGGAUUGGUUCAUUUUGGUUCUUGUGACUUAUACAGCUAUAGUAAAUCCCUAUAUGGCAUCAUUUGCCUUGGCUAUAGAACAGGAAGGAAAAAAUUUAUACUCUCAUCCACUAACGAUCGUUGAUUACGUCGUCGAUUUUAUGUUUGUUGUAGAUAUAGUUAUAAAUCUUCGUACAACUUACGUUGACUUGAAUGGUGAUUUUGUAAGUCGGCCACGUAGAAUAGCAAAGCAUUAUAUAAAAACCUGGUUUCUCAUCGAUGUCGUGGCGGCUAUUCCUUUCGAAUUGCUCUAUAUGAUUGCAAACACGCAGCAGACCACCACAUUGUUUGGUUUAUUAAAGACAGCUCGUUUGCUGCGUUUGGUGCGAGUUGUACGAAAGUUAGAUUACUAUUCAGAGUAUGGAGCAGCAGUUUUAUGUCUUUUGAUGCUGGCGUUUGCAUUGAUAGCUCAUUGGCUGGCUUGCAUUUGGUUUGCCAUUGGUAACAUCGAGCAUAAAAAUCCAUCGGUAAAAGGAUGGUUGGUCCUAGCUGAAGAUACAAAUCAACCAUACAAUGGUACGCAUUCAAGUGGACCAAGUCAAAAAUCCCGAUACGUCACCGCACUAUACUUUACACUGAGCAGUUUAACAAGCGUGGGAUUCGGAAAUGUUUCACCCAACACAAAUGCAGAAAAAAUCUUCAGUAUCUGCAUCAUGCUCAUAGGAUCUUUAUUCUAUGCAGCUGUGUUUGGCAACGUGGCAGCAAUAAUUGCUCGUCUUUACUCCAGCACUGCACGAUUUCAUGAACAAAUGCAGAAAUUACGAGAAUUUAUACGUUUUUACCAACUACCAAAACAUCUGCGACAAAGAAUUGAAGAAUACGCACAUCAUCAAUGGUCCUAUACAAAUGGCAUUGAAAUGAACGAAGUUAUGCAAAGCUUACCAGAUUGUCUUCAAGCAGAUAUAUGCGUUCACAUGCAUCGGCAGUUAAUCACAGAGAAGAAAGUUUUUGCGUCAGCUACUCGUGGUUUCCUGCGAGAAUUUUCUGUAAAAUUGAAAACGAUUCAUCUACCACCAGGAGAUUAUAUUCUCUUUAAAGGAGAUGACGUUGACAGCCUUUUCUUUAUCACUCGAGGAACCAUUGAAAUAGUUGAUGAUCGAGAACUAAUUCUGGCUAUUUUGGGCCAAGGAGACACAUUUGGUGAUGAUUUCCAUGUCGAUCCACUGGGUGCAGCUAAGAAAACUACCGGCAAUAUUCGAGCAUUGACGUACUGUGAUCUUCGUGAAAUAUCACGUGACGACCUUAUAAAUGUUCUUAGAAAGUAUCCACAUUUUUGGGAAACGUUCCGCAGUGAAUUUGAAGUGACAUACAAUCUGUCAUGUGAACAUGAACAGACAAGAUCUCGUGCAGAUAGCAAAACAUCGAUCUAUGAUGAGAAUCACGAAAUGCGAAAUCAGAAAUGUGGACACAUCCCAAUAAUAAUUAAAACAUCACCGAAUGGAGAAGCCACCAUUCCACUUCUGGGGUUGAACGCAGACAAACAUACAGCACGAAUUGAAACUCACAAUAAACUGCAUCGUGAACAGAGAGAUACCAAAAACACCUCGGUGGAUAAUGGUAGGAAUGAACAAUCGGGGAAUAUUCACGAUAACCUAGCUAACAAAACAUUGGAAACGCGUUCAUGUAUGGAAGAGAUGAAAGAAGAUAUGAAGAAUUUCUCUCUGAGAUUGAAGAGACUUGAAGAUAAAAUCGAUAGCAAUGUUGAAGGAAUCCGCAAGAUUUUAAAAUAUUUCCAAGACAACAUUACCUCAAGUGAAAUUGAACGAAAUUCAUCUGUAAAAUAUCCUGGGAAUUUAGGAAGAUAAUCGUGGUACAAAGUUGGGUAUAAUGUUUACGGGUUACAUUUGACUUGUAUAUCCUUUAAAUCUCGAGUGAAAAUUAUUUGUGUUAAAAGGAUAUCCUAAAUAACGUACGUACGUAUAUGUAUAUACAACAACAUCGUCCGAGAAGUUUCAUUUUAUAUCAUAACAAAAUUACUUGAGUAAUUUCAUGUGUCAAAAAUGAUGUCUGAGAUGGAAACGUUUUGCCAUCAGUAAUCAAUGUCAAAUUUGCAUAGAAAGUUAAAUAGAAAUGCAAACAGAAAGACCUUCAAAACAUUGAAAGAUCUUCUAAUUAUGUCACCAUUCGGAGCAAAACGAAAGCGGUGUGUUCAUUUCCAAAAUACAAGAAGGAUAAUGUCACCAUUCCGAGAUCAGAGAAAACCGUGUGUUCAUUUCCAGAAUACAUAACAAUUAUGUCACCAUUCCGAGAACCGAGAAAACCGUGUGUUCAUUUCCAGAAUACAUAAAAAUUAUGUCACCAUUCCGAGAACAGAGAAAAUCGUGUGUUCAUUUCCAGAAUACAAGAAAAAUAAUGUCACCAUUCCGAGAACAGAGAAAACAAUAUGUUCAUCAUCAGAGCAUGAAGGGAAGAACUGCUAACAUCUGCGAUGAUCAAGUGUUUACAAUCAACGAAAUCCGUAACUUCAACUUGAUAUACAUUCCAUUUGUACCAUUGAUUUAUUUUAAACGAGUAUUUGGACUCACAACACUGCUCAUCCAAAUAGACGCAAUAUUAACUUUGAAAUCAUACGUCAUUCAAAGUGUAAAUUUUCUGAAAGUUUCUGUUAAAUAAACAAAAUGUACAUGAAAA